GCACUACCUCUUUAGUACACUGUUUCACUAUAAUGUGCAUAUUUUACUAGCACGAACUUAAACCGUAAACUACGCAUUUACGGCGAUUGCAUGUAAACUUUGGCAGUAUAGUUUGUCAUACGACACUUUAGUCCAGUCAUUAUUGACUUGAGUCGCGUAUUUUCCUCAUCACGCCUGUCCAGAAUUUCGAAUCUGCUUGUUUUUCCAUUAAGCCCCGCCUGCUGAGUUUACCCGGAACCGAUCAUGACUAAAUCGCGAAAACAACUUCGUCGCCUCCAUAAGCGUGCAUUAGCAGGCUCCAAAUUACGUAGCAAGGGGUUGGAAGCAAAACAGCAGAAAAGCAAACAGUUGAAGAAAGAUCCAGGUGUGCCAAAUGUAUCACAUUUCCAAGAACAAGCUAGGAGAGAAGCAGAAAAAAAGAAAAGGGCUGAAGAAAUGAAACUUAAACAGAAAAUUGCAAGACAGCAGGAGUUGAUGAAACGGAGAAGUAUAGAAACCUUUCAGAAAGAUAUUCUGAAACGGCAGCAGGAAUUUGAACAGAAGGAGGCAGACAUUAGAAGUUUACAGCAACACACCAAUUUGGAGAGUGAGAGUUCCAGGAAAGCAUACUACAGAGAAUUUAAAAAGGUGGUAGAAGCAGCUGAUGUUAUUCUGGAAGUGUUAGAUGCUAGAGAUCCCUUGGGGUGUCGCUGCCCACAAGUAGAGCAAGCAGUUGUAGAAGCUGAUGUGAAUAAGAAACUUGUUCUCAUUUUAAAUAAAAUUGACCUGGUCCCGAAGGAAAUAGUGGCAAAAUGGAUUAAGUAUCUUCGCAAUGAGUUUCCCACUGUGGCUUUCAAAUCAUCAACACAGCAGCAAAACAAAAAUCUGAAACACAGCAAGGUGUCCGUGACCAAGGCCAGUGUGGACUUGUUAAAUAGCAGUGCCUGCAUUGGAGCUGACUGUUUGAUGAAGCUUUUGGGUAACUACUGCAGAAACCAAGACAUCAAAACUGUAAUCACCGUGGGGGUUGUAGGCUUUCCUAAUGUGGGCAAAAGCAGUUUAAUCAACAGUUUAAAAAGAGCUCGUGCCUGCAAUGUGGGAGCAACACCUGGAGUAACAAAAUGCCUACAGGAAGUCCACUUAGAUAAACACGUCAAGUUGCUGGAUUGCCCAGGUAUUGUCAUGGCAACCUCUUCUUCUGAUGCAGCCAUGAUUCUGCGUAACUGUGUAAAGAUCGAGCAACUACAAGAUCCUGUGGGACCUGUGGAAGCUAUACUGAAACGAUGCAACAAAUCACAGAUUACACAGCACUACAAUAUUCCUGACUAUCAAAACACAAUGGAGUUUCUGGCACUGUUGGCAAAACGACAGGGAAAGCUUAAGAAGGGAGGGAUCCCAGAUCAUGAAAAAGCAGCUAAGGCAAUCCUAACUGAUUGGACAAGUGGUAAGAUCACAUACUUUACUCAUCCUCCUGAGACACACACCCUGCCCACUCAUAUCAGUGCAGAAAUUGUUACAGAGAUGGGAAAGGCCUUUAACUUUGAAGAGCUGGAACAAGGAAAUCUGGAUGCUUUGUCAAAGAUUGUGUCUCCUAUGGUCACAUCUGGUAUUGAACUAAAGGCAUCUAGUCUAACAAGUGGAAUAGAGGGUGGAGUACAGGAAGAAAUGGAAGAAGAAGAAAGUAUUGUGGAAGAUCAUGACGAUAAAGAAGAAAGCAUGGAUGAGGAUCAGGAUUUAGAGUUUGGUCCAAUGACAGUGCAAUUAAAAGACAGCAAAAGCAAGCAGAACUCAAAGGAAGAGGAGAAAGCCACAUCGAAGACAUCACUUGACAGCAUCUGGUCUGUGGAUCCUUUGCAGCAAGGACAAGCACUGCGUGCUGCCAGUAAGUUGAGGAAGAAGCAUCAGAAACGGGCAGAAAAAAUUGCAACAAAGUUGUCAGACAGCCUAGAAUCUGCCAUGAACUUCAGAUUGUGAUGCUACCCAUAUUAUGAAGGAAGGAGCAGCUUUACAAAAUCUAAGAGCACAAUCCCACAUCAGAAGUCGCAGAGAACACUUUGAACAUUGAAAGACUUUUGUAGAAAAAGUUUAAGUAACUAUGUUGUCAGCCAAUGUCUACUGGAAGUAUUAAACUUAUCCUAACUUA